AUGGAGCUUACGGUGUUGGAGAAAAGGCCUGAGCAGAAAUCCAACGCUCAUUCACAACACUCAACGGCCGAUUUUGCCGAGGGCGAAAUCGUUCUUGUGAGCAAUGGACCGACUCUAGCGAGGAACUUUAAUUUGCUAAGCGCCUGUGCGACUGGCAUUACCACCGGCAACUCGUGGGCUGUGUUGGGCGCCGGUAUUGCUACAUCGCUUCACAACGGUGGAGCAGCUGGGGCAAUAUAUGAGUAUGCAGUUGUUUCCAUCUUCUAUGGCUUCAUUGCGGCGUCAAUCGCAGAACUUGCAUCAUCAAUCCCAUCAUCAGGAGGAGUCUACCAUUGGGCGUUAGUGACGGCCGGCACCAAGUACGGUAAGAUUUGUGGAUGGUUUGCUGGCUGGUUGAAUGGCCUGGCGUGGAUGUUUGCCGUUGCUUCCAACUGCGUUAUGGUCAGUAAUAUGGUGCUCUGGUCGUACAAGUUGUACCACCCCGAGCUGGAGCCUCAGCGAUGGCACGUCUUUAUCUGCUACCUCAUCCUAUCGUGGGGAUGCUGCUUCACUGUCAUUUUCGCACAGCGCUCUCUUCCACUUAUCAGCCGGCUCGGAUCCUUCCUCAUCAUUGUCGGCUUCUUUGUUACUAUCAUCGUCUGUGCCGUCAUGCCUGGGUUGGCUGGCGGUGGGUAUGCAUCGAGCGAGUUUGUCUGGAAGCAGUGGAACAAUAGCACCGGAUAUUCGAGCGACAGUUUUGUCUUCCUGGCGGGUAUGCUGAAUGGUGCGUAUGCGGUGGGCGCCAUUGAUUGUGUUACCCACAUCGCUGAGGAGAUUCCACGUCCACGAGUGAAUUUGCCCAAAGCCCUCGCAUGCCAAGUGGCCAUAGGGUUCGUGACUGGUUUCAGCUAUUUGAUUGUGGUAUUCUACGCCACCAGGAACCUAGAGGCGAUCAUCGAACUGGAAACCAUCUGUCCCAUUGGGGAGAUGUAUCUGCAAGCGACCGGCUCCAAAGGAGGAGCGGCUGGGCUGUUGAUAGUCAUCAUUCUGCCCAUCCUCUGCGCAACGGUGGGCUGCUACGUAACCGCGGGCCGCACACUCUACGCACUCGGCCGCGACGGCGCAACUCCAUUUGCAAGUAAGAUUGGCGCAGUCAGCUCGCGAUGGCAGAGCCCGCUAUACUCAACGCUAGCAUGCGGCAUCUUCAUGACUUGCAUCGGGGCAGUGUACGUGGGUUCACUGACGGCGUUCAACGCCUUCAUAGGCUCGUUUGUUGUGCUGUCGACGCUGUCAUACCUCCUUGCCAUCCUGCCGCACUUGAUGUCGGGCCGCAAGCUGAUCAAGCCUGGGGCCUUCUGGAUGGGCCGUUUUGGUGCCGCCGUCAACACCGUUGCCUGCCUCUAUAUUGCCGUUUCCAUUGUCAUCUAUUGCUUCCCGUACAACUUGCCGACCACGGCCGAGGCGAUGAACUACACCAGCGUCAUCGUAUCCGGUCUGGCGGUGCUCGUGGGCCUUUGGUGGAUGCUGCACGGGGGAAGACACUACCAAGGCCCUGGAGUAGACUUGCAGGUAUGA